AUGGCCUCUUCUCGACCCGUGUUACACAACAUAGUUGCGACCCCACGCCGGCAGAAUUCGGGGUGUGUGAUAAGCCAGAAAAGGCGAAGCUUCUUAGUUCUAUUUCUUGCGAAAUGCUCCUCAGACGCAUUAGCCAUUGCCACAUGUAUAAAAACACUUGAGCCGAAUCCCAACAAUAUCCGCUCCACAGAGGACCUCAUUGAGUUUACAAAAAUUCACCCGGAGGACAAACACCCGGAGAGAGACAUCAGCAAGUUUGUGUGGAAUCAAGCCGUAGGCAUUGAUGUGGACAGCGAUAGAUACGCUGAGAUGGUGGAGCAAGAGCGUUACUACAGCGGGCCGGGUGGUGGUAUCCUGGGAGCCACGGAGAAGUACGAUGUUGAUCUCUUCGCCGUUCCAUCGUCUUGGGGCAUCGUAAAUGAUCUCGCGGCAAAUAUGAUGUUCCCUAUGAUGUCUGUGCCGCGCAUCCUGUGCGCAACAGUGAGCCGGUGCCACCCAAAUUGCCCUGAACGGAAUUGA